GCGGAUCGCCGAUUUUCGUGUAAGCCCCGCCCACCAUGACGACGGUAACUAGCCCGACAUUAAACGCAUAAACAAUAUGGCGCGGAUCAUGUCGUUAAAGGACAUACCAGACGAUUUUUCCGUAUCAUACAUGUUACAUACACCGUCCCUUCGGCAAAAACAACGGGCUGUCGCGUUUAUGAAGGAUUCCUAUGUUAAAUCAGUCAAAUUAUAUGCACAAGAACGCGAAAAUAUGCUAAUAAAAGCCGAAGUAUAUCGGAGUCAGAGGAAAACGGAGGACCCACACAAGAUCAACAUUGAUGUCAACUUUGAUGGGAAGAAAUUAGACGAUGCACAUUGCAGUUGCAAAGCUGGUAACUCGGUGCAUUUUACCAAUGUUUGUGUUUCCAGUUACUUGCUAACUAAAGGGUGCACAUACCAGGGAGGCAGGUCAAUGUGCACAUGUCUUAGCUGUUAUCAUGAUUCUGGAGCAGUGGAAGAUUUCUGGUUUUGUUGAAAUUCCCUCAAUGCUGUCAUCAACUUCCCUACCCCAACAGUGGGAUAAGCCAAGAGGUGACAAGAUUCAACCAGAACCAGUGUCCCAGAUGAUCAUUUCCAACCCAUCAAACCUAAACAGAAAAAGAAAGCCAAUUGUGGCUUCCUUUGUGGACACACGGAAAACUGAAAUCAGUGAAAUGGAUAUGGAAAUCCUGAAAAAGUUUAAACAAGCCCCAAUUUCCUAUCUGGUAUCCACAGCAGCAGGACCAACUGUUGACACUCCAUUCGGUGCUCAUUACAUAGGAUCUCCUCUCAGCUAUCAUGCACCAUUGAUUUUACCUAUUACAAAACCCCGUGCAGCAGAAAACUGUGGAAGUACUGUGUUCCCAAAAGCCCUUCAUACCUGCGUUGACCUUGAAUGCAUUCAAAACCUUACACAUGAAUGGACUGAGCUGAAUUUGACACAGAGUGAUGCAAUUAAUUUGGAAAAAUCAACAAGAUCUCAGAGUCUGAACCAAAUAUGGCAUACAGAACGAAGUAAGAGAAUAACGGCAUCCAAUUUCGGACUAAUCAUAAGAAGAAAAAAAGACGUAAACCAGAAAUUUUUAAAGAACACAUUUCAAAAGAAUGAUUUCACAUCUUCUGCUACAUCAUAUGGUAAAGUGAAUGAACACAUUGCCAAGCAAAUGUACAUUAAGAAAACCGGACACCACCUUCAUGAUAUAGGAUUGGUUGUAAACACAGAACUACCAUUUCUAGGUGCUACUCCUGAUGGCAUAGUGUGUGAUAAGUCUGAAAGUGGCUUGAUUGAAAUUAAAUGUCCUUACUCUGUCAGAGACAAGACCAUCAGUGAAGCAUGUGAAACAAGAAAUUAUUUCUUCCUCCAAAGAAAUGGCGACACUUUCAGCUUAAAACAUGAGCAUUCCCACUGGUAUCAAGUCCAAGGACAGCUUCUAGUUACUGGAGCUCCAUUUUGUGACUUCAUUACAUAUACCAAACAAGACUUAUAUGUAGAAAGAGUUUAUCCAAACAAGUCUACUAUGGAUGUGUUAGUUCAGAAACUAGCUAAGUUUUAUGUCCAACAUUUUAAGCCAUUUAUCCACAAAUGUGAUUCUGAUCUACAUGUAUAAUGUUGAUUUACCACACCAACUAUGAAAACAAGAAUGUGUUUGUACCUGACAUAAUAUGCCCCCUCCCCUCAUAACAACAAGGACACAAUAAACACUGACUCAGUGUGACAGAAAGAUUUGUUUACAGGUCAUUAACAUCUUUGUAUGGUAGAUAUAUGUAGAGAGUCUUGGAGAUAAAAUUCUGUUUGCUGUCAUACACUUAAAUUUGUAUAUAAAUGUACUAGAUAAUUCAAAUUCAGUUGAGUGAAGUUCUCUUUACACUUUCAG